AUGGCGUCCGCGUUCCAGGAUACGUGGCAGAUUGCGCUCGAGGGCGAAAAGCAGCUUUCGAAAUGCCUUGCUGAAAAGGAGCCUACCUUUGCCGAAAUCUCCCAUUAUCUCUCAGAGUUCCGUACAGCUUGCCAGAAUGCCAUUCUCCAGGACUUCGAAACCGCACGCUCCAUCGAUGUGGAGGCCCGCCUAUGGGAUUCGCAUUUAAAAAUCAAUACCCGGUUUCGCAAGUUGCUUUCCCGCUUUCGCGAGGAGAAUGGAAAGAAGAAGAAGCCGGUAGAGAAACGGAAGCUCGAGAAACAUUAUCUCGAAUUCAUUAAAUCCAGUCAGCGGUUUUAUCGAGGGUAUAUCCAGCACCUGUCGUCGCAUUUCGGAGGAAUUCAGGAACUUGAAAAGGUCGCCCGGAAAUUCAACUUUGAUAACCCAUCGGCACCGUCCACAGUCAAGACCCCCGAUGGUCUUCGAAAUCUCAUACUUCAAUCAUGCCAUUCAACUCUUAUCCGUCUAGGAGAUCUUUCCCGCUACCGCGAAACAGAACUCGUCAGCAAAGACCGCAAUUGGGGCCCCGCCAUCGGGUACUACGAUCUGGCCGCAGUGAUCUACCCAGCUUCUGGCGCAUCGCACAAUCAAUUGGCUGUCAUUGCCCUCGCCGAUGGAAAUCACCUACGGGCUACGUACCACCUAUACAGGGCAUUGGCCGCCCAAGAGCCCCACCCAUCCGCCAAGGGUAACUUGGAAAUCGAAUUUAGGAAAAUCAUGAACGCGUGGGCCAAACGGGAACUGAUCCGCCCUGAGGAUGCCGGUAUUCCUGGAAGAGCUCUGGCUCCUUGGUUCGUUUACCUUCAUGCGCAAUGCUACAAAGGGACCGAUUUUCCCGAGCACGAUGAACUUGAAAAUGAGGUCUUGAGUCAGCUUGCUGUCGACUUGAAGGAACGGUCCUUGGAGGGAACUUUGCAAAAGUUCUGUCUGAUAAACGUUGCCGCGGAAGACUUUGCGAGAACGCGCUCAAACGAGGAAUCAGUAUCCAAUGCUUGUCUCUUUUUCCAGCGGAUCAAUGUGAAAACUUUCUUCACGUUACUUCAAAUUCUCUUGGCCGAAGUGGAACGAUUUGUGAUUGAAGAUUCCAAUAGCAAAGACGCAACCAUCAGUCCCGACAAAGUUACUGUCGUUGCCCGUCGCAUCUUGCCUGCCCUCCGAAAUUACAGCUCUUGGCUUCUCACAGUCAGUAAUUUGCUGGUGGCUUACAAGGAAGAAAAGGAUACGCCGCUCUCCGUUCAAAUAACCGAAUUUUGGAAGAUUUACGCCAACACUUUGACUCUUCUCGCAUCCACUUUCGACGUGGUGCAUCUUCCAGAGGUAGAUUAUCUACUAGAAGAGGAUGAGGAGACUCUUGGUUUCGCACCACUCGACAAAGAGGCUACGGCUCGUCGAUACUUGGAUGCGAGUGGCCAAAAGAAGCCUCGAAUUCAUGACUUCGGCGUGGAGAGGAGUCAUCCCAAUUUUGAAAUGCUUUAUCGUAUCCGCGAAUUCGUUAUUGACGGACUUGAUCUCGUUGUGAGCAACAGAAUCCCGAUAGCUCUGGUCGACGAUGAAGAUAAAAAGACUUUCAUCUACAAGGAAGAAGGACUACCAUCCCAGUUCUUUGCUAGUCCUCAGGGCCACCAGCAUACACUGCCUGUUACAAGCAUUGAACGAGAAGAUAUCCAACAAGCGGCACGGGACCCCAGUCAUGUUGCAGAUAACAGAAGUUUGUUUGGCGGCUCGCAGUCAGCCUCGGCUUCUAUGUCUGCGAAUAUGAAUCGCAUUGUUGAGGGUGUUGAGCGACUGGUUGAAUCUGAUACUUAUGAAAAUGCCCCAGCAGUGCCGGACAAUCUGGCUUUCUUGAAGAGCAGCAGUCAAAUGCCAACUCCCCAGGCCGCGUUCUUUGACCCCAGUGCGAAUCAUGCCUUCCGAGAAGAAAACAUCCCUCCACGGAGCACCCCCAUCGCUCCUCCCGGGCUCGCCCCUCCCGGACUCGGUCCCCCAGUCGCAAAAGCCCCACCAUUAGCCCGGACACCAUCCCAGUCCUAUACGCCGCGGCCCUCCCUUCCUGCUAUUCCUAGUAUCUGGAACACUGCCUUUUCAUCUCAAUUUGGGGGCAAUUCAUCAUCCCCCAGGACUCCCCCGGGCCUUGGUCAGCAACCAGGCUCAAUGAUGCCUGGGAGUAUCAGCAGCCCAGUUCCUCAUUCCUCCCAAGAAACGACCGUGAAUGACCUCAUGCUCCGACACAACCUCAUGGCGCAGGCUCCAUUGCAUAGCUCUCUUCAUGGCGGCAGCUCUAUGCCGUCGACCUGGAUGCCCUCACCCAAUUCUCCUGCACACCCCCAUCUUUCCGGGGCAACUUGGGAACGAGACCUGCUCAAUAGCGCGACUUCUCCUUUUGGGGUCCCCAACCAGCCAAUGUCGAGUGGACUAGUCAACGGAUCCUGGAACAACGACGCUUUUCUAGCCGGUAACUUCUCCUCUGGAGCUGGCUACCCCAGUUCCGGAUUCGGCAAUGGUCGCAAAUCUGCUACGCAACUCGGCGCUAUCGGCCAAACACCACCCUGCGGGCAAGGAGGUUGA